AUGAUUGAGCGACUCAAGAUCUCUAUCCGCUCGGCUGAUGACAAGGGCGAGCAACAGAGGCCGGCAGCCACGCAGACUGUCCCGGGUCAAAGCGGCCAGGAGAGUGAUGCUGCCGCUAGGAAGAGACUUUGGCUGCGAGAUCUGGAGACUAUUCGGCGUCCCGAGCCGUUGGUGCCUGUGGGAAGCAAGGUACUGGAAGUGACGAUCCCAAAGACUCGUACCAGUAAAGCCAACACCAAGAAAGAUGACGGCCAGGAGCUAGAGGUGAUCAACUUGACAGAAGACUCGCCAACAAAAAGCAGCCAGAGUACAACAGAUAUGGAUCCGCCAUCGUUCUAUGGACUGUCAGAUGAGAAGUUGCUCAUCUUCCAGGAUCAAAAUACUGACCAGGGGAAGACCCCUGCGCCCACCGAGGGUCUGGAGCAUCAUAGGCUGCUCAUGAAGAAGUUCCGCGACACGUAUAAUUUACCAAGUGACCUAUCAAAGGAAGAAGAAGCUGAGGUUUAUGGAGACGUCUCCUCUGUCUACUCUUAUGAGGAGGGAUGGCCGAAUGACCACGACCAAGCACACAAGGCGUUAUACAAAGCAGAAUUGACAACAGGAAAGCGCAAGCACAGAACCCCUCUGAUCAAGGGUCUUCCGCUUGUGGAAGAGGUGCCAUUUCUCUGCAUACCCAAUUACCAAGGGGCAUCCGGGGAGUGCUUCUGGAAGGCAAUUGCAAUCCACAUCUACGGGGACUGGAGAUACCAUCACAGAGUCAAGGGAGAGCAUUUCGCACACUUCUGCCAUAUCCUUCGAGAGAGUAAGCAUCCGCGGCACGAAUCAUACAAGGCUCUCAACAAGAAAUUCUACGCGACUAAGACGAGUCCGGAGGGCGGUAAGCCCACCAAUACAUGCGCGAAUCUAUAUCAGAUCUUGUGUAUGCCUAGCACAUACACGCCGCUGAAUAUGUUUGAUGUCACCGCAGAUCUAUACCACGUUUUCCUCAUCAUCUACACACUAAACGAAAAGCAAGAGAUCACUUUUGUGACAACUAGGGGAUCGUACAACUCCAGACAUCUUUUCAUUUUGUAUGUAGGCAACAAUCACUACCAGCCUCUGGUACCCAACGAGUUCUGGGCGUCCGAAUUCAGACUGCCAAUGAUCACGCUAGAGUCUACGAACGUGUACCCUGGCUUGCUUGGAGUGCCGCUAACAAACGCUUUGAAGGCCAAGGACGGCAUUGAACAUCGAUGGAGGAGAGAGACCGACCGACAGGUCGCACAGCCAAUAGACUCAUCCAUGGAGAGCGGACGAGGCCCUGCUGCCCAGAGGCAGCAUCGCUGGGAAAGGAAAGAGAGAAAGAGGAAGGAGAACACAGUCAUGAUGUGCACGAAAUAG